GAGGAGUGUUGCAACGCUUCUUAAUGAUCUACUUGAUGCCCAUUAGAUACAUUAUUGCUGGACGGCUACAAUGUAUCCCGUUUUCGUGGAUUAGUUACAAGUGUGUUUUCUCGAACCGCUUGCUCGCCAUGGUAAACUAUUUAGGAGAACUUCAAGACACAGAAAGAGUUACAAAAAAUAUAUAGGCUACAACACAUCUGUGCUUGUUUUCUCUCUCUCUCAGUCGUUUGUACCAUUUAGGGCAGUGACCGGGGGGUUUGCAGGAGCAAACUGCGUCUUUUUAUCCGAAAGUUCUAAUGAUUACGCAAGUGAAGGGAAUUGCCGGCACGAAUUGGACAACGGAUUGCUGUAACAGAGCCAACGGUGAAUGUUUUUAUUUUACCUCUACACACAGAGUCGACGAAUAAGUUGAAUUGUACUGCCAACAAUGAAGGUGGAAUUACCUAAAUCUGCAACAUGGCUGCUACGGGGAUGCUAGUGGGAAAAGUUUAGAGUACUGACGUGGGAAAAGUUGUCUACUAAUCCAGUACAGUACAGCAGGAAUUGUUGGAUAAAGAACAUUUAAAAAAAUUCUUCGUCGCCUCGGAUUGAACAACGCACAUUAACACUGUGGGUUGCCCGAGUAAGAGCGGAGUGCAAGACUACUUUCUUCUUCAAAUGAUUGUAGUCAUCACCAAGCAAUCGCGUAGACUUUCUCUUCCAAGAUUUUUUUUCUUCUUUUUUCUUCAUCUUAAAAUAGUGCAUCUCUCGUCCAGUGGGCCAUCUGAAAUCUAAAAUGCAUUUCUCCAUUCCCGAAACGGAGGUUCGUUCGGGAGAACAUGGAUCAAAAUAUGUGGCCUACAACAUCCAUGUGAACGGGGUUCUCCACUGUCGGGUUCGCUACAGUCAGCUCCUGGGACUACACGAACAGAUAAAGAAGGAGUAUGGCAACAACUUGGUACCUGCUUUCCCCCCAAAGAAGAUCUUUACUCUGACACCGACUGAUGUGGAGCAGAGACGUGAACAGUUGGAGAAAUACAUGCAAGCUGUGCGGCAGGACCCCAUGCUCGGCGCCUCCGAGAUGUUCAACAGCUUUCUAAGGAAAGCCCAGCAGGAGACCCAGCAGAUCCCAACCGAAGAGGUUCCUCUGGAGAUCUACCUUUCUAACGGCCAGAAGGUCGAGGUCAACAUCCUGACCUCAGACCAGACAGAGGACGUCCUGGAGGCUGUUGCGUCAAAACUGGACCUUCCUGAUGAGCUGGUUGGUUAUUUCAGUCUCUUCCUGGUUCGAGAAGGAGUGGACGGGGGAUUAACGUUUGUGAGGAAGCUGCAGGAGUUUGAGUUACCAUACGUAUCAGUCACCAGCUUACGAAGUUCAGAGUUCCACAUCAUCCUGCGGAAAAGUUACUGGGACACGGUGUACGACAGUGAUGUAAUGGACAACCGAGUGGGACUAAAUCUACUGUACGCUCAGACGGUGUCGGACAUAGAUAGAGGCUGGAUCCUCGUUAACAAGGACCAACACAGACAGCUCAAAUCACUGCAGGAGAAAGGCUCCAAGAAAGAAUUCAUUAGGCUAGGCCAGACGCUGAAGUACUUUGGCUACAUCCAGUUUGACCCGUGCGUGACAGACUUCCCGGAGAAGGGCUGUCACGUGAUCGUCUCUGCAGGCAACAACGAGCUUAACUUCCAGGUCAAGCUGCCCAAUGAACAGAUGAAGGAGGGGAGCUUCAAGGUCACGCGCAUGAGGUGCUGGCGCGUCACUUCGUCUCAGGUCCCGGUAGUGAACGGCUCAUCCUCCCCGGCCCCCUGCUCCUCAGCCAAGUGUGAGGUGAAGUUGGAGCUGGCCUUCGAGUAUCUGAUGAGCAAAGAUCGUCUCCAGUGGGUCACCAUCACCAGCCCACAGGCAAUCAUGAUGAGCAUCUGUCUUCAGUCGAUGGUUGAUGAGCUGAUGGUGAAGAAGUCAGGGGGCAGCAUCAAGAAGAUGCUAAGGAAACGUCACAAUGGCUCCCUACAUCGGUCUGAAAGUCAGCAAGCUGUGAAAUCCCCCCCUCUACUGGACUCUCCUGACCCAAACCGAGAACAGAUUGUCAAACUCUCAACUAAGCUGAGCUCCGUGUCUCUCAGAGGGAUCAGCGCCUCCAACUCAGCCAAUGACAUCAGCGGCAACGAUUUCCAUGGCAACUAUGCCUUCGAGGGGAUCGGGGAUGAUGACCUGUAAUAUCCCACACCCACCCCCACCACCCCCCCCCCACCCCACACCUCCACCUGUCGAACGCAACCUGCAUAGAUUCCAAGCUGAGCCGAGCGGAUUGUCUGAUUCUGUAAGAUUGUAGCCCUUCCUGGGAGUCUGCUGCCUGCCUUAAGAUCAGUCUUGUCGUAUCAGCUUCACAAAGAUUGCCAUCUAUCUUAUGUGUUUCAGGUACAGAAUGACUGCCUACCCGCUGCCCUCCUGUUUUACAAUCCUAUCCCCCCCGUAUUCAACUUAAUAAAAUAUCAAGAACAAAUAGAACUCAAAUUACAGUCUGCAGUCUAAUCCACGGGGGUCAUGCUGUGAAACACUCUCAAUUGACGUUGAAAUGACUAAAACCAAGUGGAAGCUGUGAUAAUGGACCCAAAUCUAUAGUCUCGUCACUCUGUCCAGCUAGAUAAGUCAUGUAUAGUUUCUCCACUCUGUCCAGCUAGAUAAGUCAUGUAUAGUUUCUCCACUCUGUCCAGCUAGAUAAGUCAUGUAUAGUCUCGUCACUCUGUCCAGCUAGAUAACAGUCAUGUAUAGUCUCGUCACUCUGUCUAGCUAGAUAAGUCAUGUAUAGUCUCGUCACUCUGUCCAGCUAGAUAACAGUCAUGUAUAGUCUCGUCACUCUGUCCAGCUAGAUAAGUCAUGUAUAGUCUCGUCACUCUGUCCAGCUAGAUAAGUCAUGUAUAGUCUCGUCACUCUGUCUAGCUAGAUAACAGUCAUUUAUAGUCUCGUCACUCUGUCUAGCUAGAUAAGUCAUUUAUAGUCUCUUCACUCUGUCCAGCUAGAUAACAGUCAUGUAUAGUCUCCUCACUCUGUCUAGCUGACAGUCAUGUAUAGUCUCUUCACUCUGUCCAGCUAGAUAAGUCAUGUAUAGUUUCUCCACUCUGUCCAGCUAGAUAAGUCAUGUAUAGUUUCUCCACUCUGUCCAGCUAGAUAAGUCAUGUAUAGUCUCGUCACUCUGUCCAGCUAGAUAAGUCAUGUAUAGUCUCGUCACUCUGUCCAGCUAGAUAAGUCAUGUAUAGUCUCGUCACUCUGUCCAGCUAGAUAAGUCAUGUAUAGUCUCUACACUCUGUCCAGCUAGAUAAGUCAUUUAUAGUCUCUUCACUCUGUCCAGCUAGAUAACAGUCAUUUAUAGUCUCGUCACUCUGUCCAGCUAGAUAAGUCAUUUAUAGUCUCUUCACUCUGUCCAGCUAGAUAACAGUCAUGUAUAGUCUCUACACUCUGUCCAGCUAGAUAAGUCAUUUAUAGUCUCGUCACUCUGUCCAGCUAGAUAAGUCAUGUAUAGUCUCUACACUCUGUCCAGCUAGAUAAGUCAUUUAUAGUCUCUUCACUCUGUCCAGCUAGAUAACAGUCAUUUAUAGUCUCGUCACUCUGUCCAGCUAGAUAAGUCAUGUAUAGUCUCUACACUCUGUCCAGCUAGAUAAGUCAUUUAUAGUCUCUUCACUCUGUCCAGCUAGAUAACAGUCAUUUAUAGUCUCGUCACUCUGUCCAGCUAGAUAAGUCAUUUAUAGUCUCUUCACUCUGUCCAGCUAGAUAACAGUCAUGUAUAGUCUCUACACUCUGUCCAGCUAGAUAACAGUCAUGUAUAGUCUCUACACUCUGUCCAGCUAGAUAAGUCAUUUAUAGUCUCUUCACUCUGUCCAGCUAGAUAAGUCAUUUAUAGUCUCUUCACUCUGUCCAGCUAGAUAAGUCAUCUAUAGUCUCUUCACUCUGUCCAGCUGACAGUCAUCUAUAGUCUCUUCACUCUGUCCAGCUAGAUAAGUCAUUUACAGUCUCUACACUCUGUCCAGCUAGCGGACAGUCAUAGAAACGAAUGCUGGACAGGAAUCAUAGUAAAUUCCAGAAGUGAUGGAUAUGGAACUAUUGUUUGUCCAUUUUUUGACGGCAAGGAAUAUAACACAUUUUGAGUGUGGCCCUCCGGACCUCAGUGAAGAUCAAAUCCGGCCCGAGGAGAACCAUCAUUUUUUCCCGUUCAGUUAUACUUUACCGACCAGCAAAAUAAAGUCCUAAAAGAUACGUUUUAAAUCGCUCCUUUCUCUUCCUUUUUAAACCUCCUGAAAUCAUUCCCCCCCCCCCCCCCCCCUUACAUUUAGCUUGACAUGAAAUGACUUCACCAAUGGAUAGAGCAGGCAAGUUACAGUAUAUACAUGCAUUAGACAGUGUAGGGUGCAACUUGCGACAGAAAUUUUGCAGGUGAGGGGAGCGCUGGGUAUGUUGUUAUGACGUGCAUUAUCUGAAUUAGACCACUGAAUUAUACCUACGGAGGAGCGGCUUCUAUGAAGGAACUUCUCAUCUUUGAACUUCAGAGAGUUGGCUUAGCUAACGUUGGACCAGAGCUAGCUAACGUUGGACCAGAGCUAGCUAACGUUGGACCAGAGCUAGCUAACGUUGGACCAGAGCUAGCUAACGUUGGACCAGAGCUAGCUAACGUUGGACCAGAGCUAGCUAACGUUGGACCAGAGCUAGCCCAUGACAAAUGACUCCGUUCCAUUACAUUACACAUAAUGCCGCUUAGAGUUUUUGAGAGCAGGACCAGAGCUAGCUAACAAGGUUGUGUGUGUGUGUGCAGAUAUUUUUUAAGUAAAAAUGUCUUACUUUUUUUUUUAGUUAAUAAAUACAAUGUGAAACGUGAUAACUACAGUAUCCCUACCUAGCAUUGAAAAAGUUAAUCCAUUCUAAUUAAAAAAUCACAUUUCUGAAUUAUGCUUGUAACAUCAGUCGCUACAGUAGACUAUGCUUCAGAGGGAGGGGCAGGUAGCCUACAAACACACUGGCAAAGAUUUUCAGCUGGCAGACACUGGAAUAACUUCCUGGGUGAUAAAGUGAGGGCUUUGUUGCGUUCUUUUUUUUUGUGGGACUGAAAAAUACCCAGAAUGUAAAAGAGCGUUAUCAACCGGUUCCCAUGCUUUUAGAAGAACGGUUCUGUUCUGGAACAGUAUUGAUCACUUCCGUUCUCGGUUCUGGUUCUGUUCCUCAGAAAAUGUUGUUAUUGUUCUGUUCCCUGAACCAGUUCCAACCCCUGGUCUUCAUAGAUUACUUUCUACCAUAGAGCAUCCUCACAUUCCUUCAUUCUACAAUAGAGCAUCCUCAUAAUUCCUUCAUUCUACCAUAGAGCAUCCUGACAUUCCUUCAUUCUACCAUAGAGCAUCCUGACAUUCCUUCAUUCUACCAUAGAGCAUCCUGGCAUUCCUUCAUUCUACCAUAGAGCAUCCUGACAUUCCUUCAUUCUACCAUAGAGCAUCCUGACAUUCCUUCAUUCUACCAUAGAGCGUCCUGACAUUCCUUCAUUCUACCAUAGAGCGUCCUGACAUUCCUUCAUUCUACCAUAGAGCAUCCUGGCAUUCCUUCAUUCUACCAUAGAGCAUCCUCGCAUUCCUUCAUUCUACCAUAGAGCAUCCUGACAUUCCUUCAUUCUACCAUAGAGCAUCCUGACAUUCCUUCAUUCUACCAUAGAGCAUCCUGACAUUCCUUCAUUCUACCAUAGAGCAUCCUGACAUUCCUUCAUUCUACCAUAGAGCAUCCUCACAUUCCUUCAUUCUACCAUAGAUCGUCCUCACAUUCCUUCAUUCUACCAUAGAUCGUCCUCACAUUCCUUCAUUCUACCAUAGAGCGUCCUGACAUUCCUUCAUUCUACCAUAGAUCGUCCUCACAUUCCUUCAUUCUACCAUAGAGCGUCCUGACAUUCCUUCAUUCUACCAUAGAGCGUCCUGACAUUCCUUCAUUCUACCAUAGAGCGUCCUGGCAUUCCUUCAUUCUACCAUAGAGCGUCCUGGCAUUCCUUCAUUCUACCAUAGAGCGUCCUGGCAUUCCUUCAUUCUACCAUAGAGCGUCCUGACAUUCCUUCAUUCUACCAUAGAGCGUCCUGACAUUCCUUCAUUCUACCAUAGAGCGUCCUGACAUUCCUUCAUUCUACCAUAGAGCGUCCUGACAUUCCUUCAUUCUACCAUAGAGCGUCCUGACAUUCCUUCAUUCUACCAUAGAGCGUCCUGACAUUCCUUCAUUCUACCAUAGAGCGUCCUGACAUUCCUUCAUUCUACCAUAGAGCGUCCUGACAUUCCUUCAUUCUACCAUAGAUCGUCCUCACAUUCCUUCAUUCUACCAUAGAGCGUCCUCACAUUCCUUCAUUCUACCAUAGAGCGUCCUGACAUUCCUUCAUUCUACCAUAGAGCGUCCUGACAUUCCUUCAUUCUACCAUAGAGCGUCCUGACAUUCCUUCAUUCUACCAUAGAGCGUCCUGACAUUCCUUCAUUCUACCAUAGAGCGUCCUCGCAUUCCUUCAUUCUACCAUAGAGCAUCCUCGCAUUCCUUCAUUCUACCAUAGAGCGUCCUCGCAUUCCUUCAUUCUACCAUAGAGCGUCCUCGCAUUCCUUCAUUCUACCAUAGAGCGUCCUGACAUUCCUUCAUUCUACCAUAGAGCGUCCUGACAUUCCUUCAUUCUACCAUAGAGCGUCCUGACAUUCCUUCAUUCUACCAUAGAGCGUCCUGACAUUCCUUCAUUCUACCAUAGAGCGUCCUGACAUUCCUUCAUUCUACCAUAGAGCGUCCUGACAUUCCUUCAUUCUACCAUAGAGCGUCCUGACAUUCCUUCAUUCUACCAUAGAGCGUCCUGACAUUCCUUCAUUCUACCAUAGAGCGUCCUGACAUUCCUUCAUUCUACCAUAGAGCGUCCUGACAUUCCUUCAUUCUACCAUAGAGCGUCCUGACAUUCCUUCAUUCUACCAUAGAGCGUCCUGACAUUCCUUCAUUCUACCAUAGAGCGUCCUCACAUUCCUUCAUUCUACCAUAGAGCGUCCUCACAUUCCUUCAUUCUACCAUAGAGCGUCCUCACAUUCCUUCAUUCUACCAUAGAGCGUCCUCACAUUCCUUCAUUCUACCAUAGAGCAUCCUCACAUUCCUUCAUUCUACCAUAGAGCAUCCUCACAUUCCUUCAUUCUACCAUAGAGCAUCCUCACAUUCCUUCAUUCUACCAUAGAGCAUCCUCACAUUCCUUCAUUCUACCAUAGAGCAUCCUCACAUUCCUUCAUUCUACCAUAGAGCAUCCUCACAUUCCUUCAUUCUACCAUAGAGCAUCCUCACAUUCCUUCAUUCUACCAUAGAGCAUCCUCACAUUCCUUCAUUCUACCAUAGAGCAUCCUCACAUUCCUUCAUUCUACCAUAGAGCAUCCUCACAUUCCUUCAUUCUACCAUAGAGCGUCCUGACAUUCCUUCAUUCUACCAUAGAGCGUCCUGACAUUCCUUCAUUCUACCAUAGAGCGUCCUGACAUUCCUUCAUUCUACCAUAGAGCGUCCUCGCAUUCCUUCAUUCUACCAUAGAGCGUCCUCGCAUUCCUUCAUUCUACCAUAGAGCGUCCUGACAUUCCUUCAUUCUACCAUAGAGCGUCCUGACAUUCCUUCAUUCUACCAUAGAUCGUCCUCACAUUCCUUCAUUCUACCAUAGAUCGUCCUCACAUUCCUUCAUUCUACCAUAGAGCAUCCUGUCAUUCCUUCAUUCUACCAUAGAGCAUCCUCACAUUCCUUCAUUUUACCAUAGAGCAUCCUCACAUUCCUUCAUUCUACCAUAGAGCAUCCUGUCAUUCCUUCAUUCUACCAUAGAGCAUCCUGACAUUCCUUCAUUCUACCAUAGAGCAUCCUGACAUUCCUUCAUUCUACCAUAGAUCAUCCUGACAUUCCUUCAUUCUACCAUAGAGCAUCCUGACAUUCCUUCAUUCUACCAUAGAGCAUCCUGACAUUCCUUCAUUCUAAAAGGGCCCUUGUGUCUUUCUUCAUCGGUGUAUUUUCUUUUAGCCUGUAAUUCUGUCACUUGGAUCAGAAAUCCAAGGUACGUUGUAACAAGGGUGUCAAUUCUAGCUCUUGAAAUGGGUUACUUAUACGCGGAAUGUAAGUGUUAAUGUUUCCAAAAUGUUUUUCCCAAUAACUUCCUUUGUAGGAUGUUAUUGAUCUUCCCCAUCAUUCAUAACAGUGCUGUUUUAAUGAUGAUUAGUGUGAGUUUUAAUGUGAAUCUUCAAGUACAUGUUUCAGACUUGGUAGUGUUAUUAUUAAUAUUGCCUGAAAGAUGAUUUGAACAUUUCAACUUCUGGUCCUGUGGUCCACUGUGGGUUGCCAUAGGUCGAAACGCAAAACCCACCAACCAAGUAUCAGCCUUAGGUAAUGUGACCUCACCAGCUAGAAUCUUGCAGGAGGAGAUGUUUGAUUUGGUCGGUUGCACUUCCUGAACCCAGUAUUACAGAUGGAGACGGAUAUUUAUUAAGUAAUGUGGAGCAUGAAAAACAAUGGUCUGCUUCCUAAAUGGCACCCUAUGUCCUAUAUAGUGCACUACUUUAGAUCAGGGCACUAUAGAUACCUAUUCCCUAUAUAGUGCACUACAUAGGGAAUAGGGUGCCAUGGAAUAUUUCCAAGGGGUUCUGAAAAUCCAUAAUUUCUUGUUCUUCCCCCCCCCCCCCACCAAUUUUGUUUUUUGUGGUUUUUCAUAAAUGCCAAAAUUAUAGUUUACUAAAGCAUUUUGCACAACAUUUUUUAAAAUCAUGGUAUAAAGUGACUUAUAGUUGUACAUGCAAUUAAAAUAUUCUGAACAAUGUAGUAACAUCUGUAUAGUCAAUAGUUUGUAAUCAAAAACAGAUCAAAUGUAAUCAACAAUUGUUUACAGAAUGAUUUUUUUUUUAGUUGGAAUGAAAAGUGUAUUCAAAUUCCAUGUCUGAUUUUUGAUUAUUGAUUGUGUUAGUUUAACAAACAAAGUUUUGGGGGUUUGUGUAACAUUUUUCUUGAAUAAACAAAUGUGGCAAUCAUCUCAAGAGGUGCUUAAUUGAAAACGGACAUAUUUAAUCUGUGAUCUCAUGUCAGGACACAGAUGAAAGUCUGUAUGAAAAAUUCAUUUUUCACCAUUUUGUUAAAUUGGGAGUUUAUUCAAAAACAUUCCCAUUUGGUUAGUAUCAAUGUAACCCAGAUUCCAGGCUUUUUCCUCGUUGAUGAACAAUACUUAGUUGUCAAGAUGUGUUGACACGAAGAAAGCUAUAGCCUUGUGGUCCAAGAUCUGUUUGUGUCGUCUUGCCUACGGUCAUUGUAGUAGCCUGGAUACCCGUCUGUUCAGCUAGCGUUCCACUCCUCACAAUCACUCAGAAUAAAAUGAGUGGCAUGCUAGCUCAACAGACUAGUACCCAGGCAAUGGAAAUUGAGCUAUACAACACAAACAGAUCUGGGACCAGGCUAUGAGGAGGAAGCAGAAUCAUGAAUGUUAUCUCAACUAUUAUAGCUGUUCUGAUCAAAUGUAACGCCAUGGCAAGUCAAGGAAACGCAAACCCCAUUGACUGUGCUCUUAUUAGUCAGCUGGAAUGUAUGGAUGUUUUCUGUAGAGAAUGUUGUUUGCGUCGGCCAAAAUGGCACCCUACAGUAUUCCCUAUAUAGUGCACAACUUUUUUGACCGGAGCCCAUAGACGGCCACUAUAUAUAGGGUGUAGGGCGCCGUGAAAGAUGCAGGUUCUGUCACUUCUCUCGUUAAGUGUUCUCAAUCAGAGAGGCUUAGAUACUCUGGAUCUGUCAAAUGGUGCCCUAUUCCCUAUAGGUGUGCACUACUUUUUAUUAGGACCCAAUGGCACCCCUAUGUAGUGCACUACUUUUGACCAGAGCCCUAUGGGAAAUAGUGUACCACAAGAUACUCUGAAUGGUGUCAAGAUAAUUCUGUUUCGGUUUUUUUUUUCUUCCAUCGCCGUAUUAUACUGUUAUACUAAUAAAUGGAUUUAAAUAAA